CGCCGCGAGGCCACCCGGAAGACCGAGCCCGAUAGGCGCUGGCCCCGUCCCUUCCAGCCCCCGGGUCGACCAGGGAAGGUGGGAAUGCUCUGAUGGCCGGGCCUGCGGCGGUGAGCGCGGCGGCGGCGGCUGCGCUGGUGGCCGCCCUGCUCCUGCUGCGGCGUGGGGACCCGGGGCCGGGGGCUGGCCCGAGCAUGGCCGAAACGGAAGCACUGUCGAAGCUUCGGGAAGACUUCAGGAUGCAGAAUAAAUCCGUCUUUAUUUUGGGGGCCAGCGGAGAAACCGGCAGAGUGCUCUUAAGGGAAAUCCUGGAGCAGGCCUUGUUUUCCAAAGUCACGCUCAUUGGCAGGAGGAAGCUCACCUUCGAGGAGGAAGCUUAUAAAAAUGUGAAUCAAGAAGUGGUGGACUUUGAAAAGUUGGAUGACUACGCUUCUGCCUUUCAAGGUCAUGAUGUUGGAUUCUGUUGCCUGGGUACCACCAGAGCGAAAGCCGGGGCGGAGGGAUUUGUUCGGGUUGACCGAGAUUAUGUGCUGAGGUCUGCAGAGCUGGCAAAAGCUGGAGGGUGCAAACAUUUCAACUUGCUAUCCUCUAAAGGAGCUGAUAAGUCAAGCAGUUUUUUAUAUCUACAAGUUAAGGGAGAAGUGGAAGCUAGGGUUGAAGAAUUAAAAUUUGAUCGUUACUCUGUAUUUAGGCCUGGAGUUCUGUUAUGUGAUAGGCAAGAAUCUCGCCCAGGUGAAUGGUUCGUUAGAAAGUUCUUUGGCUCCUUACCAGCAUCUUGGGCUAGUGGGCAUUCUGUGCCUGUGGCGACUGUGGUUAGAGCAAUGCUGAACAAUGCAGUGAGACCAAGCGACAAGAAGAUGGAACUGCUGGAGAACAAGGCCAUCCACGAUCUGGGGAAAGCGGAUGGCUCUCUCAAGCCAUGACCACACUGGAGUAAUGGUUUUUACUGUCAACUUUAACACUCAUCACCAAAUCAGUAAUUUCAGGGUCUAAAAAGAGUCAGCAUGUUUUAACUUUGUUGUUUUACUAUUCUCAGGCAUCCAUUCCAAUCAAGAAAUGAUGGUGCGCUGCAUCUCUGGUUCAGAGUCUGUUAUACAUAUAGAUCACCCAGGGAGCUUUGGAGAAAUAAAGAUUUGUAAGCCCGAUCUCAAACUUGAGUCAAAAUUUCUGGGAGUGUGGGCACAAUAAUGUGUAAUUUCCUUGUUUAUACUUCCCCUGAUGCCACCGGUUCUGAUGCCACUGGUUGGGAGGCCUGUUUUGAAAUGACUGUCUGCAGAGUCACAGCAACAGUGAAAAUCUUAUGACCAUGCAUAUGAGCUCUGCUCUAAAAUUGUUGACAUUCAUCUCUCUGAAUUACAAAAGUGCUAAUUAGCUACAUGUAACUUGUAAGUAAACAUUGUGCCUUUACUACUUCUUUAUGUAAUAGAAGUUAUAUACCUAAGAAUACAUGUGGAAGAUUAAAUAAAGGAAUAAAGAUAAAUGGUCAACUC